AUGGCUCCUCCAUUGAAGACUGGUAGUCGCAACAUCUCCUACACAUUUCUAAAUCCGAAUCUGGAUUCUCUCGACUGUUUGGUUAAGAAGAUCACGCCGGAUGAAACAACCAGGUUCCGUGAAAAGUAUGGGUAUAUUCUGAGUCUUCUCAAGAUGCCGUUCACCAAAUACGAGCAAGAAGGAGUUCAUACCUUGCUUCAGUUCUACAACCUUUCUCUCCGUUGCUUCACGUUCCCUGACUACCUUCUGGUUCCUACAUUGGAAGAAUAUUCUCUUUUCCUUGGUGUUCCGAUCAAGAAGGGAGAAGUUCCGUACUAUAGCACCAUGGAGGCUCCCACUUCUAUUGAAAUCUCCAAGUCUCUUUAUUUGAGCAAGUCAGUUGUUGAUGCAAAUCUCUCCGAAAGAGGAAGAUCUCAGGGUUUUCAUAUGGAGUUUCUGGUCAAAAAAGGGUGUGAUGCUGCUGAAGCGAAAGAAUGGGACACUUUUAGGGCUAUCCUGGCUCUAAGUAUCUAUGGUAUCCUAAUGUUCCCGAACGUGCCUGAUUUUGUUGACAUGAGUGCAAUCCAUUUGUUCAUUCUGCAGAAUCCUGUUCCUACACUCUUGGGGGAUGUUUAUCAUUCAGUUCAUCAAAAGAACCGUCAAAAGAAGGGUUUGGUUAGAUGUUUUUCUCCUUUGCUAUACCGUUGGUUCAGAUCACAUUUGCCUGAACGUGGAGCUUUCGUUGAUAGAAGGCACACCUCUAAAUGGGCUGAAAGGAUUAUGGGACUUAGAGCCAAAGACAUUGUGUGGUAUAACAGAUCUUUGGAAGACAAGGAGGUUAUCAUGAGUUGUGGAAAGUUCAACAAUGUGCCCCUCAUGGGUGUCAGAGGUGGGAUCAAUUAUAAUCCCGUCUUGGCUAGGAGAACUUAUGGAUAUGCUUUCAUCAAUCCUCCUGAGCAAUCUGAGAUAGCUGAGAACAUUUUCUAUCAUGUGGUCACCGACAAUGGGCAGAUGGCAGAAGCUGUACAAGCCUGGAAUAAUAUUUGUUGGAGAGACAAGAAGCAUUUUGGUCAGAGGGACUGUGCGACUUAUGAAGACUAUACUAAGUGGGUCGAAACUGUGGCUAAUACCCAAGGGAUGCCUUUCCCUAUUAAGGAUCCUUUGUACCCUCCUGUUGGCGCACAACCCAACAUUGUCUCCAUGCCUCGUUAUAAUCAGACUAAGAGGCCAAGAAUGACUGUGAAUUCUAAAACUACUGAAACUCAAGAGAAGAAGCUGAAGGAACAUUACGAGACUCAGUUGGCAGAUUUGACUAAAAGACUCCAGAUUCAGACUGAAAAGGCCAAUUCAGAGAAGACUCGUCGAAAGAAAGCAGACAAACUCUUGUUGGAUCGCCAGAAUACCAUAGAGAAGUGUUAUGAAGAGAUCCGAAAUCUAAAGGGCCAGAUAAGAGAAAAAGACCAGAGUAAUGUCCAAGUUCAAGAGGAAGCUAGGUAUUGGGAGGUGAAGAAUCGCAACAUGGAAACAAUGCAUUUCAGAAAAGACCUGCUGAUUCAAGAGAUCAUUAAGAGGCCCACCCGUGCUGAGACCAAGAAGCUCUUUGAAGAAAUGAAGACUUGGAGCGAUAAGAACAUUGGAGAUAGCCCCCUUCGCCAUUUGGACAUGGGAGAUCCUGCUUGA